AUGUGGUUGAAUAAAACAACAUCACCUGAUGAGGAAGAAGAACCAAUGAUCUAUUCAGAAGAGAUUCAGAUUACCAAAGGUAUGGCUGAAUCGGAUGCACUAAAUACAAAUGUCUUAUUAGAGGAAGAUGCAACAUCAGAAGCAGAAUCAGUUAUUGAAGAUUCUAGUGAUGAAGAAAACAUUAGUAGUGAAGAACAGGAACAACAACAAGCUCAGGAAAAAUUAAAUGAUAUUGUUGAUGAACAAAUAUUUGAAGAUACAAUUACAAAUGAUACUCCUCCUGGUAAAAUAGUAUUUGGUAUGCAUUUGUUAUUAUGUCGUAUUCGUUGUUUAAUCAUUUUAAUUCGGAAAUGUUAUUUAAUUAAUGAAUAUGUUCGUAGACAAGCAAAAGCUGAUAAAACUAUACAAAGUGGUGAACUUGUACUUGAUUUCCAUAUUAGAUGGAAUACAACUUGUGUUAUGUUAACAAAAUUCAUCGAACAUCGUCGUAUAAUUGUUGAUAUUACCAAUACUCCAGGAAAAAUUACGAAUCUAAAAAGAUCCAAAUGUGAUUGUCUAAUGUCAUUAACAUUAUGUUCUCAACGUUGGGAAUGGAUAAUUAUUUUGAAAAAAAUACUUGAUCCAUUUCAAAGUGCUACACAUGCCUUAUCUGCCCGUAAUUAUGCAACGAUUGCUCCCGGAAAAGUAAUUGUUUUUGAAUUGAAAAAUUUUUUAUCAACUCGAAAUGUAUAUCAUCAUUUGGAAAAUAUUUUAAAAAGUCAACUCUUAAAAAAAUAUACAUUGUAUUUCGAAGUCAAAGUCACAGAAGAACAAAGUCGUUUAGCAUUAAUUGCUGCCUUUUUAUGUCCAUAUGCAAAACAAUAUUUGACUGUAUCUGAUUUGAAAAAAGCUGAAACUAUACUUAUUCAAGAAUAUAAUGAAAUUCUUCGGUCGGAAAAACUUAUAUCAUCAGCAACAACAAAUAAUAUUACAGUCUCGUCAAGUAAUGCUGAACAAUCCAUGGAAUCCUCUAUAGGUCAUAUGGAAAAAUCAAUCGAUUAUUUAUUAAAAAUUUGCUUAGCAGAAAAACCACCAGUUCAUCAAACCACCAACAAAAGAACUAUAUGGGCUAUACAGCAAGAAUUAGGUUAUUAUGCGACGAGAGAGACUCCAAAACGAAAUUUUCAAUCGUACUGGAACUUAAAUCAAGAUAAAAUGCCUAUAUUAGCUUCAUUGGUUCCUCGAUUUUGCUUAUGA